AUGUGCGUGGUAGACGCCACAGCGGCGGACGAGGAGGAGGAUGAUGAUGAUGGAAGUUGUGGUUCGGGAGGGCGGUAAGAGUUAGUUGACGGCGUAGGAGGCGAGAGGGAAGCGGACGGAGAGACGGCGGCUGGUGCAGUCCGAGUGCUGCAGUUGGUCCGAAGGUGUGCAACAAGUCCAAUCGGCGCCCGAAAUGUCCGCUGACACCGUGAACACGUAGGGGGCGGUUGGGCGUUUGUGUUGCGAGGUAGCUUUUGCGGCGGCGAUGCGGUUUGCCUCGUAGACCGCUCAACCUGUCUUCACUGUCCUCGAGCGAGGUCUUCCCAGUUGGCCGGGUUGACCUUCAGACGCUUCAGCGAGGUCUACAGAGUGUCCUUGUAUCAACGGAUUUGGCCUCCUUGGCGGCGGAGUUCCGUGGCGACAUCUCCAUAACAGAGUCGUUGGGGUGGCCGCUCGUUGUCCAUCCGCACGAGAUGGCCGCUUCGACGCAGUUGCAGUUGUCUCAGCAUGGCGUAGAUGCUGAGAAUUCCCUUCCGUUCCAGUACGUCGGUGUCGGGGACUCGGCCCUGCCAUCUCAGAUUCAGUAUCCGUCGAAGACAGCUGAGGUGGGAGUGAUUGAGCCUCCGCCCCUGCUUAUUGUAGACCGUCCAGGUCUCCGCUCCAUACUACAACGUUGGCAGGAUGACUGCCUUGUACAUCUUAAGCUUCGUACUGAGCUGGAGAUCGUGACGAUUCCAUACUGUGUUUUUAAGGCAACCGAAGGCUUGACUGGGCUUGGAAAUCCGGCGGGCCACUUUGUCGCCGAUUUUGGUGCUGCGGGAGAAACUGCUGCCCAGAUACGUGAAGUUGUCCACCACUUGCAGUUGGGCUCCGUUUGCGGUGAAAUGCGGCGCGUUGUGGGCUGUGUUGGGUUGCAGUUGGUUCAUGACAACCGUUUUCUCCGUGUUGAUGAUCAGGUCGAAGUUUCCGCAGGCGGCGGAGAAGAGGUCCAUGCUCCUUUGCAUGUUCACUUCGGAGGUGGUGUUGUGGGUGCAGUCGUCGGCGAAGGGGAGUUCGUGGACUGUGGUUGUGGAUACACGCGACUGGGAGUGCAUCCACCUGUGGCGUCCAUCAACAUGACAGAGAACAUAAGACUGGAGAGGGUGAGCGCCAGGACGCAUUACUGCCUCACUCCGUUGGUCACUGCGAAUGCCUCUGAGACAGCUCUAUUGUCCUAG